AACAAAUAGUAAACGCAGUAAUAACUACUGGAAGUAAUAUAAUACAAACAUUCAUGACUUACCUAUCAACACAACAAUCAUAUUCAGAUGAAAAUAUAAAAAACUUUAUAACUUUGAAAGAAGGCAAACCCAAUCUAACAAAUGAUUAUAAACUAAUCAAAUUACUCGAAGAAUAUGAAAAUGACGUACCAGAAUUAAAAAUUGUAAUAUAUGCCAGUAUAGGAUUAUCAAUAAAUGAUAAACUCCAAUAUAAUGGCAAAUUUAAUUGGAAAAUAACCAGAAUAAUAGAAGAAAUAAAGCGCACAAAACAAAUAGGAAGUAAAAUAUAUGUAUUACACAUAGGCGUAUCAAAUACAGAAGAAGUAUAUCAACAAAUACAAACUAUACCUUCCCUACCACAAGAAAUAAGAGAAAUACAAGAUAAUGAAACACCCAGAGAAAAGAUUUACACUUUUCUAAACUGGCACAAAGAACAACAAGAACCUACUAAACAGUACUAUAAAAAUGAAAUAGCUGAGCAAGAAAGAAAUUACCAAUAUACAUAUGAUGAUGCUAUACAAAUUCAACCAUCUCAAUUUGUAAACAUGCCAAUGGCAGACAAACAACUAGUUAUGCAACAACUAGUAGGAGAAUCAAAUAGCAAUGGAGAUCCUAAAAAAUGA